AUGAAACACCCACCCAUCCUCUCAACCCUCCUAUCCACCCUCUUCCUCCUACUUUUAUGCUUCGACCUCGCCCACGCUCACGCCCACCGCCAUACACAUACACAUUUACACACGCACACCCUCCCCCCUCGAACCUCAAAACCGAACCUCCCCGACUGCGCGACCCUCGAAAAACUAAACCACACAUUAACGCGCAUCUCGCCCAUCCUAGAGAAAGUAUUACAUCUGGAUGCGGAUAGCUACCAUGCGCUUGAUGGCAACGGGAACGGAACACACGCACAAGCGCAAGCGCAGGCGAAGACAAAGCGAGAUGAGCUUGAGGGAUCUGGGAAGAUAGAAGCCGUGAAAGAGAAGAUGCAGCGUUCGAAGAGGAAAGUGGCUAGUGGGAUGUUGAGGUGUCAGGGGCUUAGGGGUGGGAAUGGUACUGCUGCUGCUGAGUUGGAGGGGGUGAGGAGGAGAUGGCUGCGGAAGAGAGGUGGUGGUGGGGAGGUUGAUGAGAGUGAGAGUGACAGUGAUAGUAGCAGUAGCAGCAGCAGCAGCAGCAGUAGUAGUAGCGAUAGUGACAGUGACAGUGACAGUGACAGUGAUAGCGACAGCGAUGAUGAGGAUGACAAGAAGGAUGAGAAGAGCGAAGGGCAAUGCAACCUCAUGGAUGUGUUGAAUAACCUGGUGACUACUCUGGAGUGCUUGUUAGCGUUUACGGGCGGCGUGUUGGAUGGGGUGCUGGAAUUGGUGCUUAAUAUGCUGAGUGGUAUUAUUAACUUGGUUGAGUCUUCUUUGGAUUGA